CCAAGUUCCGUGACUUGACGCUUUUCUCCUGGCCGUCGUUUGUCGGCAAAGGUUUGUUAUGACAGCGGACGUACUUCAUGCUAGCUAAUAUUUCUACUUCCACCAGCAUUCUGAGAACAAAUUAGAUUCAUAUGAAACCAUGUGCCGCUAAUACUUUGACAUAUAUUUAGCCGUUAGAUAACUAAUAUUGUCCCUGCUUGGUGAAACGCACCCAAUUGUUGUUUUGAACGUUUGGAAGGCCUGUUGCUGGUGAGGAAUCCUCGGAGUAUUGGACUAUCCCGCCCGGUAAAUGGCGCCGAGAGCCGCGGGUUAGCAGAGGAGCGCAACCGGAGCUACCUGAAAGGUCGCCCCCCAAAGAAAUGCGGCUUGUGCCGCUGUGUGACGCUUCAACUGUCAUCUCUUUGGCUUGCUGUUAGCCCAACGGACUUCACUUUCCAACAUGAAUCGUUAUCUACCUGUGGCAAGACAGCACUUCCUGGCUGCACUAGCUAGCACUAGCGUGGUGGUGAAAGCCAUCAGUGCUUUGGUGGUGAUCCUUUAUCUGCUCUCCUGGGCUUUGGACACGACGUAUGCACUGGGGGUUACUCCAGGGUACCUGUUUCCUCCUAACUUUUGGGUUUGGACAUUGCUCAGCCAUGGGGUCGUUGAGGAGCACGCAUGGGGCGUGCUGGUCAACAUUGCGACUGUCAUGUCCUGCGGACGCCUGCUAGAACCUUUGUGGGGUGCCCUGGAACUGCUGAUAUUUUUUGUGGUGGUGAAUGUAUCAGCGGGCCUUUUAGCAGGACUCUCCUACCUCUUCACCUACGCGGCCACCUUCAACCUGGACUACUUGUUCGCCGUCCGCGUCCACGGGGCAGCCGGCUUCUUGGGAGGCGUACUCGUGGCGCUGAAGCAGACCAUGGGGGAUACCACAGUGCUCCGAGUUCCACAGGUCCGUCUGAAAGCGGCUCCAGCACUGAUUCUUCUACUCCUGGCCUUACUCCGCCUCUCGGGUCUGCUGGAGAGCUCCGCCCCCUUAGCUGCCUACAGCUACGGAGCCCUGUCCGGCUGGGUGUACCUGCGCUUCUACCAGAGACACAGUCGGGGCCGCGGCGACAUGUCCGACCACUUUGCUUUUGCCAGUUUCUUCCCGGAGGCGGUGCAGCCGGCGGUGGCUCUGCUGGCGGCGUUGGUUCACGCCGCCCUGGUCAAAGUGAAGGUGUGCAGGAAGAUGGUCAAGAGGUACGACGUGGGCGCGCCUUCCGCAAUCACCAUCAGUCUGCCCGGGACGGACCCGCAAGAUGCCGAGAGGAGGAGACAACUGGCGCUUAAAGCGCUUAACGAGCGUCUAAAACGGGUGGAGGACCAGUCAGCUUGGCCCAGCAUGGACGACGAGGAAGACGAAGACGCCGACGAGAUCCGAACCGAAACUCGGCCUCUCCUUCAGCGCGAUCCUCCUUCCUCCGGAGGCGCCGUCGGCACGGCGCUCUCCGCUAAUCCCUCGUCCUCCGCCGGCAACGGAGCGCAAGGCAACCCGGAAUCGAGCAUCAUCAGCUUCGAGGACGCGCCUUCUCGGUCGUAACCCUCUUCAGAUCGUCGGCACGGAAGGUGUCGGACAUUUCGCACUCUGUUAAUACGAACGUCAAGUCCAAACUUGGCUACAUUCUUGCGUCUUUUCACUGCAGCCACAGAUGUUUGCCAAGAGAACUCUUUUUCACGACGAAGAUUUUGACUUGACUAAAGGUGUCUACAGCUCCAGGUGAGAGAUCAGUUUUUGGGAUUUAAACAUGAAGCGCAAAACUUAAGAUUCGGCAAUUUUUCGUGCAGUCCUUAGCUUAACAUUUUCUGAUCUGUCUGAUAUUUAAUUUUACUCCAAGUCUAAUUCUGAACUGUCCUACUUGACUCGCCUUUAUUAUUAGUUUGCUAUAACUCGUGAAAGUUAUUGCUGCACUUGUGUGGACAAAUACAUUGAGUGAUGGCAAUAGACUCCAAAUCGGUGAACGGUCGCUGCUAGCCAUCCCAGUUCAAACGGAUCGCACGUCUACCGUGGUCAGACAUUGCAAGCCAUCCCAGUUGGAACGGAUUACUUUAUAUACGGAGUUUACUCCACGAUCGGAAAGGGCUCUGUAGCCCAGAUUCCGAUCCAUGCUAAGUGGGAUGAAGGGCUUUUCAUAUUUAAAGCCAAAAUGAUUUCUUUGGUGGGUUAUUCAUGUUAAAUGUUCAACGCAGAAGAAGCCAAAAUGCGGAAAACAUAAUAAAAAUGGGUAAAAUCAAAUUGUGUUUACUGCAUUAUUUCAUACGCGCAGAACGGUUCAUGGUUGUUUAGCAUAUGUGGAAACAGUUGUUUUUGGUUUUGUUUUUUAAUAAAACUUGUCCUGUUGAGCUGUUUGACACGGAGAAUGGAAGUCUAAGUGUCCGGAUGAACUGAACAGUUUUAAUGUUUCUUUCCCAGUUAAUUUGGCACCGGGGACAUCAUUUUCGGACAGAAUUGGUAGGUUUAGCUCAGGAAACAUCUUGUUCGUACACUUAUUUACUAGGGGUGUCAAACGAAUAAAAUUUUUAAUCGAGUUAAUUACAGCUUAAAAAUUAAUUGUAAUUAAUCGGAAUUCAGACCAUCUAUAAAAUAUGCAGUAUAUUUCUCUAACUUAUUGUUGGAAUGGAAAGAUGAGACACAACAUGGAUAUAUACAUUCAACAUACGGUACAUACAGUUGUGGUCAAAAGUUUACAUACACUUG